AUGCCUGCCGCAAACGAAACCCCUGCGCCGUCGGCACCUGCCGCAAAGCCGUCAUACUUUGAGACGAUGCUGGAAAAGGCGAAGAAGCUGCCUCCGGGCAAAGCGAAGGAGGCCGAUAGAGAGGAGCGUGAGAUGCGCGAAAGGGCGGCGGCUGAUCCAGAAGUGGCGGCCUACCUUGACUACCUUUGCCGCAAAUUUUUGGGCACUGGAGCGGGUUCGGUGAGACUGACUGCCAGUUUGAAAGAUUGGGAGAGGCAGCAGCAGCAGCAACAACAAGAGGAAGAGGAGAGGAAGAAGAAAGAGGAAGAGGAGGAGAAGGCGAGGAGUGAGCGGAAGAGGAAAGCGGAGGAAGACACCUCCCAGCUUGACCAAUCCGCCACCAGCCGUAAGCACGGGAGGAAAAGCGCGCCGCCAAGAAAGCAGGUCGCCUUCCCGGCCCAUACAUACCUCGAGCAGAAGACUGGCUCUGCCGUUGCAGCUUUUGGAACGGCAAGUAUACGGAUGUCUGCCGAGGCAACGUGGGAGGAGUAG